AUGAAACUUGCUCAAUGGAGUAUUAUUCUCGGUGCUUCUAGCAUGGCUCUUGCAGCCACUCCUGCUAUUAAUCCAGGGCAUGAAUUUCACUUGCAACGUCGAGCACUAGAAUUACCAGAACAAGAUGUGCACCUGUUCGCUCGCUCACCUAUACCACCAAUAGGUAUGGCACCAGAACAAAUAGCGGAUGGAAACUCUAUGACGGAGAUGCAGGAAAGACUAAGACAAGCAGUGGCUGGAAUACCGGGACAACCACCAAGCAGUUCAGAGCAACCAGGCGGUUCGGGUCAGGGAAACCGGAUGAGUCCGGAGCUAGCAGCACAAUCAAAGCAUCUGGAUGAGAUGACAAAGAGGCGAGAUGCACUACAAAGAUCUUUGGACAAAAAACUGGAACGCAAUGAGAGACGAAGACUGCAGCGCGAAUCGAAGCAAAACAGGGCCGAUAUGAAAGAAGUUGACAGAAUUAAUCAGAUGGGUCAGGCAGGUCAGAAAAAAGGAGUAUUGCAUAGUACAAAGAAAAAAGUCAAAGGAAUAUUUAAAGGAAAAAAUCAUCAGAGCAAGACAGUGGAAGAAAAGCAAGCUGCCAGAUUUCAUCGCCUGCAGCAAAAGCGAGCUGCUAGAAGUGAGACUGUGCAACAAAAAAAAAUGAGACUUAAGGCAGCUAUUGCACAAAUGAGAGGGAGAUAA